AUGAUAUUUUGUUUAUUCCUUCACAGAUUCUGCACCACACCCAUCCUGUUUCUAGUUAUCUGUGACCUCUUGACAAAGGUCAGAGGUCAUGGCUAUCUCGCUGAGCCACCUGGAAGGUCUUCCAUGUGGAGAUUUGGAUUUGCCACCGUCAGAAAUUACCAGGACAACGAGCUGUUCUGUGGGGGGUUCCAGCACCAGCAGUCUUUGGGUGGCAAGUGUGGCGUGUGUGGAGACCCCUACGACGGAGAGCGCGAGAACGAGGCCGGGGGGAAGUACGCCACUGGGGAGAUAGCCAGAGUGUACACACAGGGGCAGGACAUUCAAGUAGCAGUUCAAAUCACAGCCAAUCACAUGGGCUGGUUUGAGUUCCGUCUGUGCCCCGUCAACGACGAGAAUGUCAAGGCUACCCCGGAGUGUCUCGAUAGGCACUUGCUGCAACUUGCAGACGGGUCAGGUCCCAGGUACCAGCUGACAAGUGGCGUCAGCACCAAGUAUUUGAUGACGUACAAGCUACCAGCUGGCCUGACGUGCUCGCAGUGUGUACUGCAGUGGAAAUAUCACACAGGCAACAGCUGGGGCACAGAUCCUGAUGGUACCUCCUGCGUGGGCUGUGGGCCACAGGAAGAAUUCUACGGCUGUGCAGACAUUGCCAUAUGCGAAACUGGACCAGUCCCAGUGACUACAACACCAGCGAAUCAA